AUGGUGCCUAAAAUAUCCAAUUUCAAACAUAAUUUUAUACUCAAUCGAAAAGGAUCAAGUGAUUCAAAUAAAGAUUCUUUAAUAUUUGAGGAUAUACAAUCAUUUCUGGCAGGGGAAAAAAAUAACAAUGAGGAUUCAUUUAAUUUUGUAAUAGGAGCAGAGAAAAAAGUAAACCUAUCAACAUUGAUCAACAUUUCAAAUGUAUGCAAAAGAUGGAGAGAUAUUACCAAGUCUAUGAUUAGUACAAGACAAACCGAGGUUGGUUUAACUCUAAAUCCUGGUACACACAACAUUCAAGACUUUAUAAAACACAUCAACCAUCCAUUUUGUUUAUUUCAACAUAUAAGAUACUUUCAAAUGCCACUAGUAGCUCCAAAUCAAACUAUAUAUCAAAGCAACAUUGAAUAUAUAGAUUCUAAUCUAGAAACUAUUGGUACAGGACUAGAAUCAAUCAAUUUCAAUAGAGGAGGACUCACAGUUUAUAAUAGAUUGGUAGAUAAUUUACUUUCAACACCACAUUCACACCUAUUACCACAUUUAAAACGAGUACAACAAAUUGAUUAUAGAAAAGGAAUCAAUCCAAAAAUAUUUGGUCAAUUGGAAGAAUUAAAGAUUGCAUUUGGAGAGCCAAUCAAUCACAAUGACAUUUACAAAGUACUUGGUCAUUGUCAACGAGCCAAGAUAUUAGAUGUGCGUAUCACUACUGAAAAUAGUCGAUUGGUUAUUCUCGACAAACUCUUUUCGAGUAUUCCAAGAUCGGUCGAAAAGCUUACACUCCACGUCGAACCAAAAGUACCAUACCCCUACCAUUUACUACCACACACCCUCAAACAAUUGGUCCUCAUCAACAAACGACAAGAAAAUUCAGACGGCUACUACAAAUACCUUGCCACCAGUCAAAUCAAUAGUGCAAUGUUUUCAGAUCAAAACUGGUCACGUCUCUUUGGUGCAUUGCCUCUGACUAGGUUGACCACCAUUUCACUUGGUCUUGUAUUUCCAAUAGAGAUGCAAGAUAUUGGUCAAUUUGCUCCACUACUCCCAUCUACCGUCGAAAAUCUUUCCAUUCGUUUCUAUAGUCCUCAAUUGUUUCCAAUUCUCAAACGUCUCUUGUUUGAAAAUGAUUUAUCAAAUUUAAAAGUUUUAAAAUUAGAAGCAACUGCUUCUGUCAAUGUUUAUAUGAAUCUAUCAAAUAUAAUAGAGAUGGUUUCAGAUUUUCUUAAAAUUGGCAAAUCACCAAAUAUUCAAGAAUUGGUAUUAUCAAGUUAUUUUGGAGAAAUGAUUAAAGUUGAUGAAAUUGGACAAUUAGAAUUAAACCUUUUGAAUCUAAUUGCAAAUAGUCAAAGCAUUAAGCUAUUCCAAAUUCAAGGUGCACCACUAUUCCGUACACCCUUGACAAUUACCGAUUAUCCAAUUGGUCAAAUUUUAGUAAACACUUAUAAUUCAAUGAAUAUAAAUAGUCCUUUAAUAUCAAUUCCAAAUGGUAUUGAAUAUUUAAUAAUAAAUAAAAAUAAUUAA